UUUAUGUUUCCCCCUCUGCUCCAUCCUGCAUGCUGUUUGCUCAACUAAUUCACUACAAUCUGUACAUGCUAAUGCUAACCUGCAGUCCCUCAAAACCCCCAUUACUGGACUCACAUACUGGCAUGACGUGUCCUCUGAGAUCAGCGCUGACAGACAUUAUUAAGACGGCGACCCAAAAUAUCCGUGACCUACCCCAGCUUGAGUUUAUCCCCGUCCUGACCUCCAGAACCCCGCUGUACAACAUGGAGGGGGACUUUCGGCCGCAGGUGAAGAAGGUGGCGGUGGCCAUGGGUGCUUCGCUCACAGACCAGGACAUCGACCACAUGCCACGGGGGCUGACAACACAUGAGAACUUCAACUACAGCCGGUUUCUGGAGCACAUGAGGCAGUUCAAGACCUCCGAGCAACGAGAGGAGGCCAUCAAGAAGGCCUUCACGAUGCUCGACAGAGACGGCAGCGGCUACAUAGAGUGGAACGAGAUCAAGUACAUUCUGUCGACUGUACCGACUGCAACCCCGUCGGCUCCUCUCUCCGACGAGGAGGCCGAGGCAAUGAUCCAGGCUGUCGACACUGAUGGAGACGGACGCAUCGACUACACAGAGUUCUCAGACAUGGUGAAGAUGGAGAAGAAACCGAGGAAAUAGAGGACACGUGAUCAAUCUGAGUCUCACAGCAGAGUGAAAGACAGGAGGAGAGGAAGUCGGACACACACACACCAGAUCUGCCCUCCCUAAAGAGCGCUCUCCCUCCUCUGUUAUCAUUCGCUAAAAAAAGGGAAAAAAACAGGAUUGGGGAAACGUGGGUUUGUUCAAGUCGUUAAAAACAUGUUUAUGACUUACUGCCUUGUGUCCUAAACUACGGACAGUCUGUCUGCUAGCUUUGGGUCACCUGACAUCUAUCACUGUGGGUGGGACUCCCCAGGAAUGGGUGAUUGUCAUGUGUGAGACUUUACUGGGUAUAUAUGUUGAACUGUUUGCCUGUGGACACAAAUAAAAAAGAGACUAGGUUACAUAAGCUAAUUAAUUGGAUUUGGCACUCUAAUAAACACCACAUUACACAUCUCCAGGAACCUUCCUAGGACUUCCUAAACUAAAGGAUUACUCAUGUUGAUAAAUCUGUUUAUGUUGGUUUUUAAAAUAAAGGUAUAUAUACAGGUCUCCCUUUCUAACUAUUACACUUUUGGAAAACACAAUCCAUAAUUUCUGAUGACUGGAUCACUUAGUUUGAAUAUGUAUUGAUUAGACAGAUAUAUAGAACAGAUAUAUUCCUCGAUGUGCAGUGUCUUGGGUUUCUUUUUGUUCCCUCCAUCACAGACCUACAGUAUGUUGUCAGUGGUGUUAAUACAAUAAAGGUUUAUUGGGUUUUUUGAAAACA